UAAGGUGUUCGAGAUUUAAGUAACCACAGUUAACCAGUGACCACUCAACAGUCGUGGUGGUCGGGUAUUUUUUUCUCCUUUUUUAUUUUGUUUUUGAAUGCGGGAAGUGCGUUACGGUUGGCUUUCAAUAGAAAACCAGAAAUCCUCCAAAAAAUAGAAAAUAGUGUUAAUUUAAAAAAUUUAAAACAAAUUGAAUAAAAAAAAAACAAAAUAAAAAUAAAAACUCAGUAAAAGGUGUGAAAGUUAAGCUCAAUAUCACGAAAACAGCCCCGCUCAACACACUUCCCACCACCGUCAAUACCAUGGAAAAUCGCCUAUGGCUAACAUUGGGCAUUUCGCUCAUGGCCAUGCUGGCUUUGACAAAUGCCUACACCCAUUAUCGCCUGCCGACAGCCAUUAAACCGGAUCGUUAUAAACUCAAAGUUAUAACACAUUUGGAAAAUCCGGCCAACCUAACCUUCAAUGGACAAGUUUCGAUACGUUUCAAUGUCCUGGAGGAGACAAACAACAUUACGUUGCAUGCUCAAAACUUAACCAUCGAUGAGAAUCGCAUUCAACUUAAGAGUUAUGGCGAUAAGAAGUACCGUCUGUGCAAGGAGUCCGUUCAAACCGUUGCCGAACAGGACUAUUAUAUUAUACGUCUGUGUCAGCCUCUCGAAAAGGGUCAAAUGUAUAAAUUGAAGUUGUAUUUCUCGGGAAUACUGAGUGAAAAACUGCAUGGCUACUAUCGCAGCUCGUAUGUGGCCAAGGAGACCAAUGAGACCAGAUGGCUUUCGGUGACUCAAUUUGAACCGGCCUCGGCCCGUGCAGCCUUCCCCUGUUUCGAUGAACCCAAUUAUAAGGCGAAAUUCAUUAUAUGGAUGGGACAUCACAAGUCCUUAACGGCUUUGAGCAAUAUGCCCUUGGAGAAGCAGAUGCCGGUAAAUGGCCUCACCGAUUUCAUUUGGAGUGUCUUUGAGGAAUCCGUACCCAUGUCCACUUACCUUGUGGCCUACACUGUCAAUGAUUUCAAAUACAAGGAAUCCAAGGUGGAGGGUUCCGAUGUUGUCUUCCGUACCUGGGCCCGUGGUGAUUACAUCAAUCAAUGUGACUAUGCGGCGGAAGUUGGUCCAAAUGUCUUGCAAUAUUACGAAGAAGUUUUCGGUAUUCCCUUUCCAUUGAAGAAGGUCGAUGAGAUUGCUAUACCUGAUUUCAGUGCUGGCGCCAUGGAAAAUUGGGGUUUGGUAACAUAUCGGGAGACGGCCUUGCUGUUUGCACCCAAUGUUUCGUCCGAAUCGAAUAAACAACGUAUUGCCGAGGUGAUUGCCCACGAAUUGGCUCAUCAAUGGUUUGGCAACCUGGUGACCAUGAAAUGGUGGACAGAUUUGUGGUUGAAUGAAGGUUUUGCCACCUACAUUGCCAGUUUGGGUCUGAAGAAUUUAAAUCCCGAAUGGGAUUCAUAUAAUGCGGAUUCCUUGGAUAAUUCCCUCUCCAUAUUCCGUCGUGAUGCCCAGCUGUCGUCCCAUCCAAUCUCCCAACCAAUUUUGAAUACCAGCCAAAUUGGAGAGCGAUUCGAUUCGAUUUCCUACAAAAAGGGAUCGGCUGUUUUGAGAAUGUUGCACAUGUUGCUGGGCCAGGAUGGUUUCUUUGAGGGUGUGCGCGAUUAUUUGAUGAAACAUAAAUAUGGAAAUGCCGAACAGGAUGACCUUUGGGCUGCCUUUACCGAAAAGGCCCACAAAUUCAAUCGCAUUGAACCGAAAUAUGAUAUGAAAGUGAUUAUGGACUCCUGGACCCUACAGACCGGUUAUCCAUUGGUGAGGGUUAAUCGUAACUAUGAGACGGGGGCAAUUGAAAUCAGCCAGCACAGAUAUUUGGAAAAUAACACCAUUUCCGAUGAGGAGGCCAAGAAGUGUUGGUGGGUUCCACUCAGCUAUACCACACCUAAUGAAUUGGAUUUCGAGAAUACCUCGCCCAAGGUAUGGAUGGAAUGUGAUGAAUCGGGCAAGAGUGUGCCCUUGAAAUUGGAAAAUGUUGUCGGUCCCCAGGAUUGGAUUAUUUUCAACAUCCAAUUGUCCGGAGUGUAUCGUGUCAUGUACGACAUGGAUAAUUGGCGUCUAUUGAAUGCCACCCUGAACAGUGAUAAAUUCAGUAGCAUCAAUGUCAUGAAUCGGGCCCAUUUGAUCGAUGACGUCAUCUCCUUUGCCUGGAGUGGUUAUCAUGAUUAUGACAUAACCUUUGAUGUUUUGGAAUAUUUGACCAAGGAACGCGAGUAUUUGCCAUGGAAAGCGGCGUUGGAUGGUUUGAGUAGUGUCAUAAGAUUGUUGAGGCCAUUCACGGAACAACAUGACUAUUUUAAGACUUAUUUGCGAUACAUCAUCGAACCCAUCUACUAUCAUGUUGAGGGUCUGAAUAAUUCCCUCGAAGCCACCAAAACCCAUUCGGGCAUCUUACUCAAAUCCCUGGUCACCGGUUGGGCAUGCCGCAUUGAAUUGGAGGAUUGUGUGCAGACAGCUGUGAACUACUUCCAACAAUGGAAACAAACCAAAAAUCCCGAUGAAGAAAAUCAAAUACCAGCCGAUUUGAGACCCACCGUUUAUUGUACGGCCAUACGUCAUGGGGACAAGGACGAUUGGCAAUUCUUGUGGCAACGUUAUCGGGCCUCAAAUGUGGCCACCGAAAAGAGAACCAUCAUUGUCUCGCUGGGAUGUUCACGCAAUGAGAAGGUCCUUCGCGAUUAUAUCGAUUUGACAUUCGAUAAGGCCGAGUAUAUUCGUACCCAGGAUGUGACAUUUGCCUUUAGUUCCAUAGCCCGCAGUGAAGUGGGUGCCCCCAUUGCCCGGGACUAUUUUGCCCAGAAUCUUGCCGCUCUACAUGAUUUCUUUGGUCCUCAAUCCACCGAUCUUGGCCGUCUGUUAUCCUCGCUUUCGAGUCAAAUCAUUUCCACCGAAGACUUCGAGAAAAUCACCCAACUCAUUGACUCGAACAAGGAGUACUUCAAGAAGGCCGAGAAGAGUGUCCAAUCUGCCUAUGAGACCAUCAACUUUAACAUUCAAUGGAUUGGUCGCAACGUUCAGGAUAUGAAAUCGCGUCUGGCAGAUCGUCUAUCGCUCAUGGGUCUGCUCAAGACCCAUGUCGAUGCCUAGGCAGCUAGGGAGAGCGAUGGAGUUCUCCCCGAUCCUGUUGUGAAAAACAUACGUUUUCCCAGUUUUUUAGUUUAAUUUUAUUUUUUUUCUGUUGUUUUUAAGAUAUCGAAUUUUUUUAUUACGUCCUUCAUGUUUGUUUUGUUGUAAAUCAUCGUCAUCAUCACCGGCCCAUAGUGAUUGUAAUGGAACAAGAAAAUAAAAUAUAUUUAUAUACAAAAAAAA